AUGACGAGCAAGGCCAGCUCGCGUACCCAGGGAGCCAAGUCAGGCUCCAAAACUAAGAUGCAGCGUACAGCGGCCGGAUGGGAUCUGCAAGAUCCGGCCUGGAAGAUGCAGCGGCCAGACGGGAUCUGCAAGAUCCGGCCAAGAAGUCCGGCCUGGAAGUCGGCCUGCAGUGGAAAGGCAGCUGGUCGAGCUGCAGCGGGGACGGGCGGCGACGGCCAACACCGAGGCUUCGGCAACAGGGGCCGCAGCAGCGGCAAAGAAGAGGACCACAGCGAGCGGGAUUUGAGCUCCGAUUCUUGCAGCGAGAAAGGCUUGGGAUCCGUCAGCUCUGGGCCGCUAAUUGAAGGGCUGAAGUCCAUGAUCAUGGACUUUGAGUUCUGCGAGGUGAAGACUGGCACCGUGGAGAAGGAGGCGAUGCGCCCGAAAAAGAAGGCUCGUGGUCAAGGGACCUCCGUCGACUCCGUCGGGUUGACGGCGCUCGCGCUCCGCCUGGCCGACAAGUUGUCCAAUGGCGAGGAGCACAAGGACCAGAACAUCAUGUUCUCGCCGCUGUCCAUCUACACCGCGUUAGGUCUGUUAGCUGCCGGCGCCCGUGGCACCACACUGGACGAGGUUCUUGCCGUGCUCGGCGCCGCGUCGCGAGACGAGGUCGCGGGGAUCGUGCGAGCCGUGGCGGAGAACGCCCUCGCCGGCACCGACGACCCGUCAGGGCCGCUCGUCGUUACGUCUGCGUGUGGCGUGUGGUGCCAGAAAGAUCUGUCGCUCAAGCCGUCCUAUCAGCAGGCCGCCGUCGAGUCCUACAAGGCGGAAGCGCGGGCCGUCGACUUCAUCAGAAAGGCAGAGGAUGCAAGAGAGGAGAUCAACAGCUGGGUCGCGAAGGCCACGAAGAAACUCAUCACCUCCGUCCUCCCGCCAGGCUCCGUUCACGGGGACACCAGGCUCGUUCUCACCAAUGCCAUCUACUUCAAGGGCGAGUGGGAGGAGGCCUUCCGCCGGAGCCGCACCAAAGAGCACAGGUUCUACCGUCUCGACGGUAGCGCCGUCCGCGUGCCCUUCAUGGCCGGAAUCAGAGGCGGUAACUACCUGCUGGGCUGCCACGACGGGUUCAAGGUGCUCAAGCUCCCUUACAAGCAGGCCGUGAAUGGCGGCGGCGCACGGUACUCCAUGUGCUUCUUCCUCCCAACUGCGCGCGAGGGGCUGCCUAGCCUUAUCGACGAGAUGUCAUCCAGCGGCCCGGGCUUUCUGUUCGACCACCUUCCCAUGCGGCCUAGAAGCGUGACCAAGCUCCGGCUCCCCAAGUUCAAGCUGUCCUUCUUCUGCAGCAUGAAAAAUGUUCUCAGGAGCUUGGGGCUCCAAGCGGCAUUCGGCGGGGGCGCCGAUUUUUCUGACAUGGUGGAGGACUCCCGCGGCGACGUGCGGCUGCAGGUGGAAGAUGUGUUUCACAGAGCGGUUGUCGAAGUGAACGAGGAAGGCACCGUAGCGGCCGCCGCCACGGCCGUCACCAUGAUCCUUGAGUGCAGAAGGCCUAAACCGUCUGUGGAUUUCGUCGCGGAUCAUCCGUUUGCGUUCUUCAUAGUUGAGGAGUUGUCCGGUGCGGUGCUCUUCGCCGGCCACGUUCUUGAUCCUUCUACGAACACCGAGUAA